AUGGAAGGUUCCUUCCACCGCUCUCCCCCAAGCGAGGAGGAGAAGCAUGGCUAUUUCCGUGGUUUACCAAGCCGUCCAAUACUUGUUGCGCGCACAAGUACUGACCCGUGGGUGAUGCACGAAGAUUCUCAUUGCGUCUACAAGACGCUUGAUGUUGUUCGAAAACAUGCGAUCAACGACAUCUGGAACACAGUGCCUCUUUGUAGAGAUAUCAUGGAGUGCUUGGAAAACGUCGAAAUGAUCGCUCUCGAUAUCCUGCGACUAGGAUAUGAGCAUUUGUCAACGGUGGAUGAGGAUAGGGAAUCUGAUAAACCUGUUACAAUGCUUAUCUCAGUUAAGAAGGAUUCUACUGAUCCUAGCAAUGGACUUGCUAUAGUACUGAGAUGCCAGGAAAUCCUUUGCACGUACGGACUUGAGGAUGUCGAGGUGGAGAUGAAGGAAGCCGUAUUGGUAGGGGGGGCAGCCCAGUUCAUCAACCCAUGA